AAUAUUCCAUGUAACUUCGUAAAAUAUAUGGUUGGAAGCGCACCAGGUACAGCAGUUUUAAUCGGUCCUAGUGGGAGUAGUUGGUACAUUGACACAAUUCUGGUCGAAAAUGAUUUAUUCUUCAGUGACGGGUGGGCCGAUUUUGUUAGAGAUCACUUUCUUGAACAGGGUGAUGCUAUUGUUUUUAGAUAUGAUGGGGACUUGCAGUUUGCGGUACAAAUUUUUGAUCAGAGUAUGUGCGAGAAGGAAACCGCAUUUACUGCUGUAAGCAGCCAGGAUUUAAGUAAAUGUGGCAUUGAUUUUAUGAAGAAAAGGGAAAGGGAAAGACCAGAAGUCUUAGAUCGCCCCGUUGAAGGUGUUCCAAAGAAAAUGAGAUGCUCUCAAAUGCAAUGCAAGAGCACUUGCACUGAUCAUGUAAAUGGCACGAAUGCAGUCAAUAAUGCAAAAGAAUGGAUGCGGCAAGAGGAUGAAAAUAUUAACUUAGAAAAUGAUGUUACAAUUGCUUUUCCUCUUACUGCAAUUCCUCAUGAGAACCCUGGUAAUGUUGAUAACCCAUGGAGUAGAGCCAAUAUGCUGUUGUCAGCAGCAGAAGCUGACAGAAUAGCCCGAUCAUUUCGAUCUUCUUUCCCAAACUUUUUAAAAGUCAUGAAAAGAUUCAACAUAAGUGGUUCUUAUACUCUGAACGUACCUUAUCAGUUUGCGACAGAACACCUCCCCAAGUGCAAAGUGAGGAUCGUGCUUCGUAAUUUAAAAGGAGAUUGUUGGACAGUAAAUUCAAUUCCUACUACAAGAGUCCAAACAUCACAUACUUUCUGUGGUGGCUGGUUGAGCUUUGUUCGUGAUAAUAGCAUUGAUAUUGGUGAUAUAUGUAUUUUUGAGCUCGUGAGCACGUGUGAGCUGCAAGUGAGAAUUAUUAGAGUAGGAAAAGGUGGAGUAGAUAUUCAGGAUGGUGAGGCAGCUAAUGGAGGGAAUAACAAUGGUUCUGCAAAUAUUAAAACUUCCAAACGCAAACUGAAGAACAUAAGUGGAAGUGUCAAUAAGAGUUCUGCUCUGGCCUCUCAAUCAAAUAAUUGCAUUGUGGAAUCAGGGGCUCAAAGAUUUGGUUCUUUUGACAAACAAGGUUCUCAAACUAAAGGCUGUAUGUCUAUGAAGUCAGUACCUGAAGAGAAAAUGGCUGCUCAAUAUUUUGUAUCAAGUUUUCCUCACUUUGUGAGAGUUAUGAAGAAGUUCAAUAUCAGUGGUUCUUACACCCUUAAAAUUCCUUAUCAGUUUUCAACAGAACAUCUGCCUAACUGCAAAACGGAGAUUAUUCUUCGUAAUCUGAAUGGGCAGUGCUGGGCCGUAAAUUCUAUCCCCACUAUGAAGGGAAGUUCAGUUUUGAGCUUACUAUCCAGACUCAACUCUCUGAAUAACAAGAAAAAAGAGCUUGUACUUGUUGUACUGGAAGUUCAACGAGGGAAUGGCAAGUAG